UUUGUUUAACCGCAACUGAAGUUGUCGAGGAAGAAGGUGGUCCAGCGGAACGGACCCACGUGACUAGCGGAGCUGAUACGCACUUGCUAGCGUCUUUCUGCAAAUCACCCAAAACUACACAAUCCAAACCUCAAAUGGAUCUAACCGAGCAGAUCACCCAGUUGGAAGCAGACUUGUUGGAGCUGUCUUCUCUCACGGAGAAGGCGGAGAGGAAGAGAGUGCAGGAGCUGCUCAAGCAAGAGCAGACAAAGGUUGAGAAAGAGCUCGCCACCAAACGUCAACAGAAAGAGCAACAAGCCCGGAGACAGGCCGACCCGGUGGCGUCCUCCAAGGCAGUGUACACGGUCAAGAUCACCAAUUAUGCGUGGGACCAGUCGGAGAAGUUUGUGAAAAUUUAUCUCACUUUGAAAAAUGUGCACAAGAUUCCAUCUGAGAAAGUGGAAGUCAAGUUUUCAGAAAGGUCAUUUUCGGUGCUGGUGAAGGAGCUCGAUGGAAAGAAUCACCAGAUGAUCGUUCUCAAUCUGUUGUAUCCAAUUGAUGAGCAGAACAGCAGCACCAAGAUAAAAACAGACAUGGUUGUGAUCAUGUGCAAGAAGCAGGCAACCAAGAAGUGGGAGUUCCUCACCACGGUAGAAAAACAGUCCAAGGAGAAAGAUAAGCCCAGCGUCGAUGAAAACGCCGACCCCAGCGAGGGACUGAUGAGCAUGUUGAAGAAAAUCUACACGGAUGGUGACGACGAGAUGAAGAGGACCAUCAACAAAGCUUGGUCGGAAUCUCAGGAGAAGAAAAUAAGAGGAGAAGAAGGCAUGAUGGAUUUUUGAACUGCACUCACCAUUCCGCCAUGGCGGGACUACAUGAGAGAUGAUCGUUUCCAAUUGUGACCAAUACAAAAAAUGAGAUUACUUUCAUCACAUGUUGGAUGACCUGCUACUCGCUGUCCAUUGUGUUAAAGAAUAUACAACCACUACUAUUGGGGUACAGUUUGAGCAUGUUGUGGUUUAGCUUGGAUUAAAACAACCCCACAUUCAGGAAACUAUAUUUGUCCUCUCCGAGAUAUACAACAUCAAAUUUGACCUGAUAUUAAAAAUUCAUACGAGCA